AUGGCAAGGUUGCUUGUUGAAAAUGGUUCCAGAACAGACGUUCUAUUUUCAGGUAGUCUGAUAUUAAAGGAUCAUGUCACAAAACAGCUUAUAAGUGAGACCAGCAAAGCAUGGGAAAUUCACAUGGAAACUCCUUUGAUUGCCGCAAUUAGAGAAGGUAGAACAUCAAUUGUUGCAUUGCUUAUAGACAAUAAUGUUGAUGUUAAUUUCAGAUGUCAAUCUGGAAUGACAGCUCUUUUUGCAGCAAUUCUCAAAGGAGACAAAGACAUUUUUGAAAUUUUAUUAAUGGGCAAACUAAAUGUUAACCAGCGCUUUUCGAAUCCAAAGAAAAUCAAGAUUCCAAUUAAUGAAGGAGAAACACCAAUCGAGUUAGCUCACAGGCUCCAUCGAUUUGAAUUUGAAGAAGCUCUCAAGAACUACGACCCAGAUAUCAUCCAUAUUCCUCAAAUGAUGAUGCCAUCUUUCUUCGACUUUUUAAUGAAAAUGGAUAAAUAA